CCUCGCUUCCGUCUGCGCUCCGCUUCCUGAGUCGAGCGUCAGUGUGGUGGAAGCUGCCGGAGCAGCAUGCGAGCGCAGCCGCUGCAGGCAGCCGGAGACUCGGACUGACUCGGACUCGCGCGGAGGAACCCGGGGCUUCUGCUCUGCUGCUACGAGCUGGCGAUGUCUGCGAGGAAGACCUCGUUGACGGACAAGCAGAGCAAGAACGGCUCGUCGAAAUAUGUUCUGGAACGCUGCGCUUCAAUUAACGAGUAUUACGAUGUUGCCUUCAAGGUGAUGCUGCUGGGCGACUCGGCCGUGGGGAAGACCUGCGUCCUGGUGCGCUUCAAGGACGGAGCCUUUCUGAGCGGCAACUUCAUCGCCACGGUGGGGAUCGACUUCAGGAAUAAAGUGGUGGACGUGGACAAUCUGAAAGUCAAACUGCAGAUCUGGGACACGGCAGGCCAGGAGAGGUUCCGCAGCGUCACACACGCCUACUACAGAGAUGCCCAGGCGCUGCUCCUGCUGUACGACAUCACCAGCAAGCCGUCCUUCGACAACAUCAGGGCUUGGCUGACCGAAAUACACGAGUACGCCCAGAAGGAUGUGGUCAUCAUGUUGCUGGGCAACAAGGCAGACAUGGCGGCGGAGCGGGUAGUGAAGACGGAGGACGGGGAGAAGCUGGCCAAGGAGUACGGUGUUCCCUUCAUGGAGACCAGUGCCAAGUCGGGAGUGAAUGUGGAGCUGGCCUUUCUCGCCGUCGCCAAGGAGCUGAAGCACCGAGCCAUGCAGCAGCCCAGCGACCCAAAGUUCAAGAUCCACGACUACAUUGAGUCUCAGAAGCACAAGUCCAGCUGCUGUGGACACGCUUAGCUGGCCCGGACCAGCACGCACACACACACACGCGCGCGCCCGCGCCUGUCUCUCUGUCCUUGUGAGGCCCUCUCAUGGCCAUCACCCUUUCCCCAGCCUCUCCCCCUAAACACAUGGCUAACCUCAACCAAACUGGAACCCAGUCAGGAUCACCUGGUUAUUUUCACCUCUUCAUCCUCAAAAUGGGGGUUAAUGAAGCGAAGACUAGCCAAAAUGGCCUCACAAAGAUAGAAGUACAACUCACUCACACACAGGAGGACAAAAGCCAAUCACCGUGUACCUGACUUUCUGAAAUGUGAAGUUAAAUCAGUGUGUCGUCCGUAGAGAUCCGUGUGGUCCUCGUAGUGAUCGUCGUGUCUGGACUGGAGAUGGAAUCACACGGACACAGUAGCACUUCACUCCACUGGGCUAUGAGCUGACCCCCGUUUGACCUCUUCAAGGUCAUGUUUCUCUUCUAUCAGCCCUGGACCGGAGCGGUCCGGGCUACACCUCAACACUGGGCGGCGAGGUCAGGUGGGCCGUGAGAGGGUGAACGAGCUGCAAGCCCAGUGAGUGACAGAGGAGCGGUGGAGUUGGAGAGCCAGUCACUGUUGUCUUCAUGUUAGCCACCUAGCAUGACAUUAGCUGAGCGUUGGCGGAGUGUCUCAGCUGUCCCUGUGGACGCGUCACAAAGUGCCAAAACAAGUGCUUUGUUAUCAUCCGUGUACAGAUCUAUGAAGGGCCUGUGCUGUGCUGCGGCUGCAGUGAGGUGGAGUUACCACUGUGUGGCAGCAGAGGCUCAGGUUGUGCUCCUGCAGCUGUAGUUUUUACACGUCCCAAACGAGUUGUGUGUGUUUGUAGAACUGCAGUGAUGUAGUGUGCAGUGGUGUUUGUGCACUUUGAUGCCCCAGUCCCAAUGUUUUUCCAUCAUUCACCGGAUCCUCACGUUUGACGGUGUCAGCAGAGCCAUGCCAGUGUGCGGUUUUGGGUCGAGUAAUAAAGCUAGAAGUCAAGAACGGACCUUGUGUUGCGCAACACUUCAUCAUCCAAGCAGAUGUCUGCAGGCCUCGCCACACACUCUGGCUGGGGAACCGUCCCCCUGUUGGCAUGCCGUGGACCAAGCGUCACUGCUGAGUACCAGAGAAGCCGAGCAGGUGUAUUACACAGGACUGUGUCCUCACGUGGUCUCAGCAGAAUAUGGAUUUCUCUCGGAGGGCUUUCUCCAUACUGACCUGGCUGGGGAUCUGUGGGGUUUCAGCGCCAGUUCUGAGUUGACAUGUUUAAAAAAUGGAAGGGGCCAGAAAAGGACUCGGAUUUGGGCCCCGGGACCUUGACUUUGCGUCAGCUCGCCAGUUUUCCGCCGUUGGGACGGUCCCUGAACGCAGCACCCCACUCCUGACCCGGAGGAGUCUAGCCCGGGUCAGGUCCGGGAGAAGGGGGCGCUUG